AUGGAUGCAAUGGAGAGGUAUUGCUUCGUCGUGCGGCAGAGGAUCAACGUACUCUUUCGAGGCAACCUGAAAAGCGUAGCCGUUGUUUGCUCUUCGGAGCCGGGACCUGGGCAGACAGUUCAGGUUGUGGACCACCUGAACGUGCAAGAAGAAGAUGGAAGCUGGUCGUCUGAGUACAUUGACAUUUGUCGCGAGAUGGGUCUGUGA